AUGCCUCAAAAUGAGUAUAUGGAGAGGUGGCGCAAGCUACAUGGCCAGCGCCUCGACACCCAGGAGAGGGUUCGCAAGCGUCUCGCACGUGAGAGUCACAAACGGUCAUACGAUGCCCAGAACUUGCGAGGCCACAGGGCCAAGAUGAUGCAGGAGGCGAGGCGAGUCGAGAAGAUCCAGAUGCGGAAGAAGAUCAAGGUGCACGAGGAGCGCAAUGUCAAAUCGGACGGCCCAUCAUCACUACCCUCAGAGCCCGUACCCAACUAUCUUGUAGACCGCCAGAACGACCCUCGUUCCGCCAAAGCUUUGUCCAGCUCCAUCAAGCAGCGCAGAGCCGAGAAGGCGGCACGAUAUUCGGUUCCUUUGCCCAAGGUGCGUGGCAUCUCGGAGGAGGAAAUGUUCCGCAUGGUUACGACAGGAAAGAAGACGAAAAAAGAAGUCGUGGAAGAGGAUGAUUACGAAGCCUACGUUUGUCGGUGA